UCUCUCUCUCUCUCUCUCGCUCCCGCCCCCCGUACGCCAUCGCCAUGAGAGGAGCUCUUCGAGCUCUGAGGCUCGCGACCUCCUCCUCCGCGCCCCUCUCUCGCCCUCGCCCCCGUUCCCUCCUCCCCUCUCGCCUCCUCGCCGCCGCAGCCGCCGACCCCCAACCCGAUCUCCCGCCCUCCGCCGCCGCCGACGACGACGACGCCGACGCCCCCUCCGCCGACUUCGAUAGCGCCGAGUUCUCCCUCCCCGACGACUCUGGCGCUAGCUCCCGCCGAGCUCCCGUGUGGGACGAGGCCUAUCGGGUUCGGGCCGACAGGGUUCUGUUCGGGGAGAGGAAUCGCGCGAAGAAGCUGUUGGAGGAGGAGGAGGAGAGGGAGAGGGCGACGAGGCUCGCGAGGGCGCUGCUCGAGGCGGCGCUGGAGCCGCCCGAUGACGCGGAGGAGGAGGGGGAUAUGGUGGUGAAGGAGGAGGAUCAGAAGUCGCUCUCCGUCGGAAUCAUCGGAGCUCCGAAUGCCGGGAAAUCCUCUCUCACGAAUUUCAUGGUUGGAACAAAAGUUGCUGCUGUCUCAAGGAAAACUAAUACAACUACUCGCGAAGUUUUAGGAGUAAUGACGAAAGGGGCAACACAAAUUUGUUUCUUUGAUACCCCAGGUCUCAUGAUAGGGCAUCACGGGUACCCAUACAGGACAGAUGUUAGAGUUCGCGUAGAAAGUGCUUGGAGCUCAAUCGACCUAUAUGAUCUGCUUAUAGUCAUUUUUGAUGUCCAUAGGCAUCUCACCACGUCUGACACAAGGGUGACAAAGUUAAUUAAACGACUGGGUGAGGAGGCAAACCCUAAACAAAAGCGCGUUUUAUGCAUGAACAAGGUGGAUCUAAUAGAAGAUAAAAAGGACUUGCUGAAAGUUGCAAAAGAAUUUGAAGAUCUUCCUGGAUAUGAAAGGUAUUUCAUGAUAUCUGGACUAAAAGGUUCAGGUGUGAAAGACCUCGUACAGUAUCUAAUGGACCAGGCAGUCAAAAGACCUUGGGAUGAGGAGCCAAGCACCAUGACCGAAGAGAUACAAAAAAACAUAGCUUUAGAGGUUGUCCGCGAAAAGAUGCUAGACUAUAUUCAUCAGGAAAUUCCAUACGUGAUUGAGCAUCGAUUAAUGGACUGGAAGGAACUAAGGGAUGGUUCUCUGAGGGUGGAGCAACACUUCAUUACACCAAAACCAAGCCAGAGGCAGAUUCUUAUUGGAAAGAAUGGCUCUAAGAUAGGGAGAAUAGGCAUUGAGGCCAACCAAGAAUUGAGGUCCAUAUUCAAGAAAGAGGUGCAUCUCAUUCUGCGAGUUCGAGUUGCUAAGAAGAAGGGUGCUUGAGUUGACGGUGGACAUUUCACAUGUUGCAGCUGAUUUCCAUUUGUGUUAUUUCAGGGCGAUAUUGAAGUUGCAUUACUGACAAUGGGUUUUAACUUGGGUCAUUCAUGAAAGAACACGGCUUGAUACAUGAGACCUCUUAUUCUUGAUCCCUAUAUAUUGGAGGCACCAAAAGGAUUGGCUUCAAAGUUACACUCGCAAUCAACGGUGCUCCGGUGCAAUUUCGGGCUCGCCAAGUGUGCAGGAACGGUGCUUCAUAUUCGGCUGAAGAUUACAAGUUGUGCAAUUGUUUUCUAUUUUUUCUUUUAUACAACAUGUUGUAAAUUGUAUCGGUUCUCUUUGGAGAUUCUGCCAUUUGUUUGUUGUUUUUCCUUUACCUAGUUUCGCUAUGGAGGAAUAGCUAGGUGCAGUGACAGGAACAUAUGAAUACUAAUAAUGUUGUAUCAGGUCUUUUUGAAGCCUUUUACUAAUUUCGUUGUGCACAACUCAAAA